AUGACCAAGAUUGAUGGAGUGAAUGUUUUUCCUUACUUUCGCUUCAUCCCAGAAAGUGUCAGAGAUCGAUGUCUUGGUUGGUGGGACCCUGCUCCUGAUGGACAUUGCGGAUUUCGAGCUCUUUCACAUGCACUUCAUGGAGAUGAGGAUCACCACUUGUGGGUGAGAAAGGCUAUUAUAGAUGAAGUCAUGUCGAUCCAACAAUCCAAGCCAGGGGUAGCUCGCCCUAGCAAUGUGUUGGUGUUGUGUAACACCGGCAAUCAUUGGGUGCGCCUUGACUUUGAGGAGGAUUCAAUACCAAUGCCUCCAUUCACCUUCCUGUGGACCCAUUUCCGUGACAAAAUGAGUACUCAAGGGUGGGAGCAGAUGUUCAAGGACGAGCGAGAUCUUUACUUCGCACUUGGGGGGUCAUCAUGA